AUGGAUUCUACUACUCACUCUCUUCCUUUGUUCACAAUGUCAACACAAAAGCCUACAAUCGAUUGUAUAAAGGCAUACCAAACAAUAUCACCUUUGGCCCAUAUCUUUCUCACCACUCGGUUCGAUCACGAACCCUCACACCUACAACACCAAAACCAUUACGUGGACUUCAUUGCGCAGUCACUCAUCAUGGCAAUCUCCAACCAAAAGAGCAUCACUCGUGUCACCAAGCCCAAUACCACUCCAAAAAAACAGUGGACAGAAGCCCUCAAGGAAAAACUUGUACAAUAUGCCGACUACCAACAACCUGUGUGUGUCCAGUUCACUAACAGACUCAAGUCGCAUCACAAUGCCAUCCUUCAGGAGGCCCUCUACUGCACCCAAUGCAAGAACAUCUGCACUACUGUCUAUCAAAUGCGAACGGAUAUUGAAGAGGGCGUCUACGUGGCAACCCAAUACCCACCCUACUUUGCCGACAAAGCUGCACCAAUCGAGGAGAUAUCGCCAUUUGACACAACUCCAGACCAAUCUCGGAACCAGACAUUCUGGUCAAACAUUACCCCUUCCCAACAGCGCCGCUACUUCCAAAUGGUCGAUGCCAUCAUCCGCAAAACCGAGAUUGAGACAGGCCAAGUAGCCGGCGAGCUUAUGGUGCUGUAUGCCCACUAUCAGAUGGACACCCACAUUCGCCGACACGCAAUGCGCACCCAGAGCGUACUGAACAUUUGCCGUGACAAGGAAGAUGUCAUAGGCCUGCGCCACUGGCAGUGGGAAGUCUAUAUGCCCGACGCGAUGGAGAUCACAGAAACUGAACCCAUCAAAACUAUGGAGUCUCCAGAACACCUCGAGCACGAGUGGGGAGUGGGCUGGGUGACUGACCCGACCAACUCGCUCGACCAGCAGUACGAGGUAUGGAAGGCGGGGGAAAGCGAGCGUGAACAAUGCGUCAAGGAGGUGAGGUCCCGCUGGGAUCAGAUCCUCGAAGAGAGGCGGGAACAGAGGGAAAGAACCGCUAUUUUUUCUUUUCGUGGCGUGCCUUUCCAAACUAUCAAAUAUGAUCCGCCAUCUGAGCCACCUUUGUCGGAGGAGGAGAUAAUGGCGAUUGCUGGUGCAUUUGGGCCUGUGGCCUCUGAGGAAUGA